UUGUCCACCAAAAACGGAGCUGAAGAAGGAGGCUCUUGACUUUUAAGCCAUUUUCGUCUUCCUUCGCUUACCUACAAUGGAGAUACCAGUGUACACGCUGGAUUCCUUCACCAAUUUGCCGUUCAAGGGAAACCCUGCGGCAAUUUGUCCACUUCUGCAUGAGCUGAGUGAUGACUUGUAUUACAAGAUAGCAGCAGAGAUGAACCUCUCAGAAACUGCUUUCAUCACCAGGAUUAAUCCCUCUGAUAGCUUUACUACAGGAUCAAGAUUCCGCCUUCGAUGGUUUACACCAACUACUGAAGUAGACCUGUGCGGUCAUGCCACUCUGGCCUCUGCAGCAGUGCUAUUCCAACACAUCAAAAAUGUAAAUCCCACCCUGGUGUUUGAGACCAAAAGUGGAGAUCUUUCCGUCACCCAGAAGGAGGAAGGGUACAUCAUGGACUUUCCUCUGAAUCCCCCCACCAGAGUGGAUCCCAACGACUUCAAAGACACCAUCAAGGCGGCAGUCGGAAACCUCCCGGUUCAGGAAGUUUUAUUUUGCUACAACACCAAGAAGCUGCUGAUUCGACUGGCUGACAGCUGUGACAUCUCUGCGCUUACCGAUCUGAAAGUUGACACUGUGGCUCUUGAGAAUACUGAGAGAAGUGGAAGAUUCUGCGCCGUCAUCAUCACUAUGAAAGGAUCACCUGACUGCCAGCCACGAUAUGACUUCUACUCGAGAGACUUUUCUCCAUGGUUUGGCGUCCCUGAGGAUCCUGUCACUGGCUCUAACCACACAAUCCUAGGUAGCUACUGGUCUGAAAAACUAGGAAAGAAGAAAAUGCUGGCUUACCAGUGCUCCAGUCGUGGUGGUGAGCUGGAACUUGAACUGAGGGAUGAUGGAAGAAUCAACAUAGCUGGACAGGCCAUCACUAUUCUGCAGGGAACAAUCAAACUGUAGACUGAGACACAUCCAAGAAGACGGCGUCUGAUGUUCUAUCUUAACCAUUGUGUCCCUGCAGAUAGACACUUUAUGGCUCUUGUUUAAAAAUUAGAUGGCUAAAAUAAAAAGAAAAAU